ACAAAAACAUUACGCCAUUAUUGAUCACCGUAGAAUAACGUGUACAUCGCUUACAUCAUUUAUAAUAUCGGUAUGCAUUUAAAUAGGGCGUUGUUCAACAAGAAAUCGGCAAGAAUUCUUGUCAGAUGUGUUUCUAUGGCUGGCACCAAUAACUCAAUCAACUGGAUUCGUCCAAGAGUUGGACCGAAAGCUGUUUUACUUCGAUACGAUAAAGCUGUUCAAGCUAAAGUGUUGUUUGUGGAAGAUAAGAAAAUAAGAUCGAUAAAGGACAAGAAAUAACUGUAAAUGUGCCAAAACCAUUUGAAUUUGGUGUAACUUAUGGAAAACUGUGGAAAUGCAAAAAAACUACAUAAAAAUGUUCGCAUAUUUUAUGAACUGUGUUUUUCAUUAUUAAUGUGACGUGUAAAAUGUUUAAAAAAUUUUCUCAAUGUCAUGUUUUCCAUAAACUUUUACUAUUAAGUAUAUGAUCUCUCCUUUCAAAUGCUGCAAACAUAUUAUUAUUGUUUAUUUUCACUUUUUCUUAUAACUGAUUGUUGUUCAUUUUUUACAGUUAUCUUCGUAGAUACAAAAUGUCAAAGUAUUUAGGUUAUGCGUUGGCUGGUGGAGCCGUGGUUUAUGGCUACAAAUAUUUUGCCGACCGCAGCAAAGUAUUAUCACCCGACCAGCAGAUAGUGAUAGUGGGUGGAGGGUAUGGAGGGAUACGAGUGGCUAAGAACCUUAAGGGGCGUGGUAAUUUCACACUGAUUGAUCCUAAAGGUUCUAUGCAUCAUAACAUGGCAGCAUUAAGAGCUGCAGUUGAGUCUGGGUUCGCAAAUAAAACUUUCAUUCCGUACAAACCAAUAUUUGGUGAACACUUUGUGCAGGGGAGGGUUACGUCAAUCGACACUGAUAACAAGAAUGUGACAAUUGACAGCAGAAUGGCUCCGAUCCCAUAUACCCAACUUGUCAUCGCAACUGGGACUACGGGACCAUUUCCUGGUAAAUGCCGGCAUGACUUAUCCACCAAGCAGUUACAAGAUCUCUAUGAGAAUUUAGCCACGGAGGUGAAAUCUGCGUCGAACAUCGUGAUCGUGGGCGGGGGCGCUGUGGGGGUGGAGAUGGCUGGAGAAAUUGUUGGAGACUACCCUGGGACUAAAAAGGUGACUGUGGUCCACAACUCCGAUGUUUUGAUCAGUCCAAAGCUUUCACAAAAAGCUCAAGAUAUGAUAAAAGACAAACUGGAUGAAAAAAAAAUUGAGCGAGUGUUGGGUGAAAAGGUGACCAACCUGGGCAAUCUUCCCGUCAACAAAACAUCUGAAGGACUGGAGGUUGAAUUAUCCUCCGGGAAGAAACUCGAUGCUGAUCUUGUGAUCCCAUGUUUUGGAUCAUCCAAUAUUACGGAUGCUUAUGCUACUUCUCCAUCAUUGUCAAAGUCAAUGAACCAGAAAGGUCAACUAAAGGUGAACGAAUAUUUGCAAGUAGAAGGUGUUAACGAUGUCUUUGCUAUUGGAGAUGCAAAUGAUUUCGAUGUUGUUAAGCUUGCUUUGGAGGCUCAAGCACAAGGAAGUCAUACUUAUGAAAAUCUGAUCAACAUUGGAAAAGGAAAACCACUAACCCCUUACAAACCAGAUGCCUUUAUGAUGGCAAUCCCAAUUGGGCGUGACGGUGGUGUUUGCGUCCGCGGCAACAGCGUGAUGGGAGAUUUCAUGGCAAAAAUGAUCAAAGGAAAGGAUGUGUUUGUGAAAAUCAUGUGGAAAGAAAUGGAGCAACCUGUGCCGAAAAAUUAAAUGAAUCUUGUCUUGAAUUUUUAAAAUAGGUAUUAAUUCUUUUACCUCAAAAAAUGGUUUAUUGGAUAAUAGAUACUAAAAAGUUAAAAAUAGUACAUGAAUCUUUAAUCAGUAUAUAAUAUUCAAGAAUAUCCGAAUUCAGCAAGAAUUUCCAAAUAUUAUUUCACAACAUUUCAAUUCUGUUUCUCCCAAACAAUUUAUAAUGUUAAGUUAUUGUAUUAAUGUUGUACCUGAAAGUAGAAUACCUAAAAAGUUAAAAAAGUAACAUAGGAAUCUUUAAUCAGUAUAUAAUAUACAAGAACUUCCAAAUUCAGCAUACUUCCUUUACAACAUUUCAAUUCUUUUCCUACCAAGCAAAUUAUGAUAUUAUUGUUGUACCUGAAAUUUUUAAGUAUAGAAUACCUAAAAAGUUAACAAAAAAUAGUAUAAGAACAUAUAAUCAGUAUGUGAUAUUCAAGAAUUUCCAAAUUUAGCAUAAUUGUUUUAAACAUUUUGAUUCUGUUUUUACCAAAUCUUUUGUAAUGUUAAGUUGUGCUGCAAAAUUGGUAGACCUAUUUCUGUGAAUUGUAACUAAUUAAAUUUGUAUUUCUGUUCCGACAAAUCCUUUUAUUUUUUAAGUAAAUAACCAAAAUAAUUUUUAAAUUACCUUUUUUAUUGGGCAUACAUAAAGACGAAAUUUUAAAAAAGCAAAAGUUUGACUAUUAAAGUUUCUGUAAAUAGCAUAAUUAUAUCAAGCACCCUUAUAACCAUAGUGUAGUGGCUUAAUCCUGUGUUGUACCAAUUAUAAGCAUGUUGAAGAUACAGCAAUUUUGAAUGCACUAGUUUUUCAUACCUCCAAUAGUGUUGCAAUUUCAACAUGUUUUCUAAUUUUGUUUCAAUAAUCUUAACUAUGUGUGUUUUUGUUGCCUUACAAAAUUCCUGUACAAGCUACUAGGCUUUUUUUUACAAAUCGGCAAAACCAGUUUUAUUUUAAAGCAUUUUUGUGUUGUUUUUUAAACUUCUGGCCAAUGUUCGUUAAUCAAAAUUUCACUUCUACUUUGCCUUUUGUGUAAAUUUUAGUGUUUGAAAAGUUUCAAAAUUUGUCCCCGUCUUAACCUACACAUGUUGCACCAAAUACUUAUCAGGGUACAAAAUAUUCGUGGAUGAAAUGCAUUAAAGUGGGUGAAAAAAAA